UAAAGCAACUUUAUUGAUAACGCAGAAGAUACGUACAAAUUGGAUUUGGGGAGAAGUUUGCCUAGAGCGCUUUUCUGCCAGAGAGAUUUGUUGGUUACGGUGAGGGUCAUGGCUGACAUCUGCAAUAACCGCCCGAUAAAUGGCAAGAUGGACGGUGGUGCGGAGGAGGAAGGAAGUGAAUUAAAAGUGGCCAAGAUGGAGCUCGAGAAAUGGAAGACUCAAGCAGAGAAAGCUGAUGAUGUCAAAGCCAGGCUGAUACUGGAAAAACUGGAAGAAGAUGAAGCCAAGACAAAGGCCCAGCAGGAGAUGAUUGCUUGUGUUAAAAAGCAAGAGGAGUGUCAGAAGGAAUUCACUCAGAGCAUGGACACAGUGCAGGAGGAAAUCCUGAAGCUUGGUAAGCGCAGACAGGAUUUGCUGGACAAAGUAAAGAGAUGUCAAGCUGAAUUAGAGGCCAAGAGGGUUGAGUCCACCCAACUGAAGCAGAAAUUUAAGAUCUACGCCCAGAUUCCAGACACAGAAGUGAAGUUCAGCCGUCAGAAUAAAGAGGAGGGGGAUGAUGACAGUCAGCCAAUCACAGGAGUGUUUGCCAUCAGCCAGAGACCCACUGUGCUUCUGCAGGGAGGACAGGCACUCAUCACCUUUGAAGAAGAGAAAGUGGCCUCGCAGAUCCUGAAGAUUGCCAAGUGUACUGUGUCUUGUGAGAACAUGACUUUGGAUGUGAAACCAAAAAGAAUAACCAUGGAUCCUGCUGUAAAGUUUGAGGUCCACCUUGAUGUUUCCAGAAAGGAGCUCAAGCUUUCCAAUGUCCCCCCCUCCAUGCCAGAGGAGAGAAUAAAGGACCGACUGGAAAUGAGUUUCUCCAGGCCCAGCAGAGGAGGGGGAGAGGUGGAGAGCGUGGAGUACGACAAGAACACUGGGACAGGACAGAUCACCUUCCUUCUCCCUGGAGUUGCUGAGAGGCUGGCACUAAAAGGAAGUUACCAUGUGGAUCUGGACUCUGAAGUGAACAUGCAGGUUGGACCCAUUUACAAAUACGAGCUGCGCAAGUUUCAGACAUUCUGUGGCGCUCCAAGGCGUACCAUCCUCCUGGAUGACAUCAAGGACAAGGAGGACGAGGAGGACCUGCAGGACCAUCUGGAAAUCCACUUCCAGAAGCCCAGCAACUAUGGUGGUGAGAUCGAGAGCAUCAAGUACAUCUCCAAGGGGAAGACUCUGCAAGCCUUUUUCUCUGAGGACUGACUUACAGGGGUCAAACCUACAUCUGAAUGAGCUCCUCCCCAUCCUUUGGGAAUCUGUCUGUCCUCUGUGAUUGUUUGAAGUAGAAAAUAAUUUGUAAUUUGUAAUAUGGUAGUAGCUAUAUGAAGAGAUUAUGAAGUAUAUUAUGGAAAUUUUACUUAUUUGCUGUCCUGCUGAGAAUGACAUUAGAAGACAUGGUGAUAUCUUGUCUGCAUUCAGUAGAGUGUAUGAAUUUGAUGAUAUGUAUUCUUAUCACAUGGUUAGGGUUGUUUUUUUGUGUGUGUGUGGGGGGGGGGUGGCGGGGGUAUAUUAUUCUCCAGAAACACAGAAUGACAGUGAGUAAAUGAAAUGCAUCCAAUCACAUCUGUUAAAAGAAUGCAUCAUACCUAGCAACAGGGUCAACCACACCUCCUCACUGAGGUCAAAGUUUUUGUCUUUUUCUUGCUCAGAGUUCCUCUGAGAAAUUUCCUGAAUCACUCAUGUUUAGGAUAAGUUAGGAGGUCUGUAAGAGUAUUCUCAGAAUAUUCGUGAAUACGGCCUCUGGUGUUAAAUAGCAUGACACAUUUAAUAAGAUGGUGCUCACACCAACGCACCUCGUGAUAGAAAAGCAGCCCUCUCAUUUCUUUCAAUGAGGCCAGUAAUAUCAAAGCAGCAGGGGUGCCAACACAGAGGGCUCUGGGAAAUAAAGCCCCGUUUCCACCAAAUGCUUUUGGUAUAGUAUUUUUGGAACCAAAAGUAACCCUUCAGAAAUGGUACCUAGACCCUAGAUCUAUUUAGUGUUUCCACAGUACUCUUAAAUGUGGGCGGGGAUGUUGUCACUCAGUGCUCCGUCCAGCACUCACUGUAUUUCCUCAUCACCAGUGACACAGAGGGAAGUCUGCACCUCCUUUAUCGUCCACAGAACGGGGUUGCACGCCGACAUUUUCAGAACAAAAUAGAACAGGCCAGAGUGGGAGUCUCUCUCGAUGGGAUAUUAAAAAUAGCGGGUUUGUGCAUUUAGUUCUUCUCAGGCAAGUGCAGGGGUUAUGUGUUGCCUGAGCCCACAGGAACAACGCUCCACAUGGCUCCAUGAAGCUCCACAACGCUUUUUUUCCUCCAAGUGAGGAUUAGAAUAUAUGCAGUUCACAUAAUUUGGGUAAAAUUAAUACAUAUUUUUAAACACUUGAAGAUCCCCUCAUUACUAAAAGUGUAUGUCACUGAAGAGAGAGAAUAGAAACUAAUGGAACGGUCAAAGUUGUCACAUCAAAUUUAAGGUGUGCUGAUGGAUUCACAUCGUCACAAAAACAUUGAGUAACAUUACAAGUAAACGUUCCACCUUAAAAGUUGCUGACAGUCGGCCCAGGGAAUUUAAUAAUUUUUUCUCAAUCUGCAUGCUGCUGCUAGAGGCAGCAAAACAUUAAUAAUAUAAAACUCUCCACAGUAAGAAAACAGUGGUCACAUAAGCUUCAAAACCAGCCACAACUGAGCGCUGAGCAAGAGUGACCAUCCUCUAUUGACCAAUCAAUGGACUGCAGUGUUUCUAACUUUUAGUACCAAAUCUGUGUGCUUGGUACCCCACUAGCGUGAUGACCAAUCAUGGGGACAGUAAGGAACUGUUCCAUUGGUACCAUCCACAACUCUUCAUGGUGGAAAUGGAAAAAACGUGUACUGAGCUGAACUGAACUGAACCGGACUGCUUGAUGGAAACGGGGCUGAAGCAGAACCAAACUAUACUUCUGCUGCAAUUAAACACAAUGUCAUCCAGCUAAACACUGCAGUGGCCAAUCAGAUACAUGCAAGCAUAUUCUUGAUAGAAUACUUUGGAGCAUGAACACUGUAUUGAUCGUUGUAACAAAGAUAAAAUAGUUGCCUCAGUGAUUGUAAAAUUCUCUCAGUAGCUAUUAUGAACUACUGUUCAAGGUGUUGUUACUAUUCGGGAAUUUCUCACUUCAGUACAGUACCUUGAAAACUAUUCAUCUUCGAUUCCAUUUCGAUGGCAGGGUUAGGGAAAAUGAUCAUAGAGGGAGUUCAAGAUAAAUAUAACAAGGCUAUAACAAUUUAAAGUCAGUGUGUAUUGAUACAUUAUUAUUUUUUGACAACACUACUGUGCAGUGGUUUAUCAUUACCAUUACUGAGAAGCAUUACUUUCACAGAUGUGUCAGUUACACUGGACUUCCUGGAUCUGCUCCCACUGUCCCCUGUGCUGUUUGAAAGCAGGGCUGUUUUGGGUCUGAAUUCCUGCCAACAGUUUUCUAGGCCAAAAAUCAGCAUGGUUUAAACUUUUCUUGAACUAUCGAUCUGUUUCCUGUUUCUCUUCCACACUCUGCUCAUUAAAAGUUAUAAUGCUCAAUCAA